AUGCUAGAGGCUUGCGCAUCGGGCGACGGCUUCGAGAGAAAAGAGAACUGUGGUAUGAACAUGGAUGAGAUCAUCGACGAGUGCAAGACGUUCUUCUUCCGGGGGGCACAAGACGACGUCACAUCUUCUGACUUGGACUGCGUUCCUGCUGUCCACAAACCAAGAAUGGCAGGAGAAGCUCCGGGAGGAGGGCCUAAGACUGUAUGGUCCCUGUGCCCCACAUACAAAGAAAAGCAGGCUAAGGGCAUGGAACUGGGAGGCAUAAAAAUCCCCAAAGACACCAUGCUCGCGAUACCGAUCAUGAUGAUCCACCGGGACAAGGAGCUUUGGGGCCCCGACGCCAACGAGUUCGAUCCGUCGAGGUUCGUGAACAGCAUCGCGAAGGCCGCGAAGCAUCCGAGCGCGCUCCUGCCGUUCUCGAUCGGGCCGAGGUCGUGCAUCGGUAAGAACUUCGCAAUGCUGGAGGCGAAGACUGUGCUCGCCGUGCUGCUGCAGAGCUUGAAGGCCCAACUAUAUGUUUGA